CAGCAGUUCGCCACCAAAUACCAAAUAUCAUAAUCAGAGAUAUCUCUAAUGGCGAGCAGCGGCGGCAGCGUUCUAGCGACGCUGGAUUCAUCGAAAACGCAAUGGUACCACUACAAGGCGGUGAUCGUCUCCGGCAUGGGGUUCUUCACCGACGCCUACGACCUCUUCUGCAUCUCCCUCCUCACCAAGCUCCUCGGCCGCAUCUACUACCACGUCCCCUCCUCCCCCAAGCCCGGCGUCCUCCCGCCCUCCGUCGCUGCCGCCGUCAACGGCGUCGCCCUCUGCGGCACCCUCCUCGGCCAGCUCUUCUUCGGCCUCCUCGGCGACAGGCUCGGGCGCAAGAAAGUCUACGGCCUCACACUCGUGAUCAUGGCCUUCUGCUCCAUUGCCUCCGGCCUCUCCUUCGGCAGCUCCCCCAAAUCCGUCAUGGCCACCCUCUGCUUCUUCCGCUUCUGGCUCGGCUUCGGCAUUGGCGGCGACUACCCCCUCUCCGCCACCAUCAUGGCCGAGUACGCCAACAAGAAGACCCGCGGCUCCUUUAUCGCCGCCGUCUUCGCCAUGCAGGGAUUCGGCAUCCUCACUGGCGGUCUGGUCGGCAUGGCCGUCUCGGCGGCGUUCCGCGUCUGCGUGGCUGCCCCACCCUACUCGGUGGAUCCGGUGGGGUCCACCCCGCCUGAGGCCGACUACGUGUGGCGGAUUGUCCUGAUGCUCGGUGCCCUCCCGGCGGUGCUGUCGUACUACUGGCGGAUGAAGCUGCCGGAGACCGCCAGGUACACUGCCCUGGUCGCCAAGGACACGGAGAAGGCGUGCCGGGACAUGGAGAAGGUCUUGAAGGUUGGAAUCGAAGCGGCGGCGCCGGAGUCGGAGUCGGAGUCUGAUAAAAAUUCAUUCGGCCUCAUAUCCAAGGAGUUCCUCUGGCGGCACGGGGUCCACUUGAUCGGAACGGCGAGCGCGUGGUUCUUGAUCGACAUCACCUACUACAGCCAGAACCUCUUCCAGAAGGAGAUCUUCACCGCCGUGGGGUGGCUGCCGGCGGCCAAGACGAUGAGCGCACUCGACGAGGUGUUCAAGAUCUCACUAGCCCAGUUCCUCAUCGCCCUCUGCGGCACCGUGCCGGGGUAUUGGGCGACGGUGGCGCUGAUCGACAGGAUAGGGCGCUUCUGGAUCCAAGCGCAGGGAUUCUUGCUGAUGACGGUGUUCAUGGUGGCGCUGGCCGUUCCGUACCACCACUGGACGUUGAACAAGGCGGGAUUUCUGGUGAUGUACGCGCUGACCUUCUUUUUCGCGAAUUUCGGGCCCAACAGCACCACCUUCAUUGUGGCUGCGGAGAUAUUCCCGGCGAGGCUGCGGUCGACGUGUCACGGGAUAUCGGCGGCGGCGGGGAAGGCGGGGGCCAUCGUGGGGGCGUUCGGGUUCUUGUACGCAGCGCAGAAUCAAGACGGGAGGAAGACGGAUGCUGGAUACCCUAGUGGGAUUGGGAUAAGGAAUUCGCUGUUUAUAUUGGCCGGGAUUAAUAUGCUGGGCUUGCUCGCCACAUUCUUGGUGCCGGAGCCUAAAGGCAGGUCGCUUGAAGAUAUUUCUCAAGAAGAACAACGUCACCAAGAAUCUCAAGUUUGAUUAGGGUUUUCUUAAUUUUUUC